UUCACCUGUGCGCCAGUUAUAAUUACCUUGCUUUACCUGGUUCCGUCAGUCAGUCACGCACCUGCCUCGUACCUGGACACACCUACGGCGCUCCUGGAGAUGAAGGCGUGUGCGUGGCUCUUGUACGUGUGGGCGGCCCUGUGCACUUGUGUUGGUGUACAUGGAGGUCUGUUCACACGCGAUCUUGACCGACCUGACCGUAUCGUGGGAGGCGAGCCCGUCAAGGAAGGUGCGCUCCCGUGGCAGGUGUCCCUACAGAUGGGCAAUCACCACUUCUGCGGGGGCACCCUCGUUGCGAAGGACCUCGUGGUGACGGCCGCACACUGCACCAUCGACUUCGACAUGAGUGAGGUGCGGGUGCUGACGGGCGCCUGGGACCUCCGUAAGAAACACGCCUACCGCCACCACAGGAUUGUCAAGGUGUCUAUGGGACCCUACAAUUCCGAUACCCUGCAGAACGAUAUCGCCCUACUCUGGAUCGAGGAGGAGAUGCGGACAGCCAGCAAUAACGAUCUUCCCCACGGCUCCCCCGUCAGCAUAGAGACGCGGAAGGAGACGAACCGGGGCCAGCGGUGCACCAUAUCGGGCUGGGGCAGAGUCUCCUCGGGGGGAGACCUGCCCAACGUGCUCCUGGCGGCUGAUGUUCAGGUCCAGGAUGACGAGGCGUGCCAGAAGAUCUUUUCAGACCAGACAUUCUUCUCCAUAUUCCCCAGCAACUUGUGUGCCGGCGGGGGGGCCAGAGACGCCUGCCAGGGUGACUCAGGCGGCCCACUCGUGUGUUGCGAGGACUCCUCAAACAUCGAGUCUUGCCACCUGGCGGGGAUAACCUCGUGGGGGAUCGGAUGUGCCACCAAGGGUAUUCCCGGCGUGUAUACCGAGGUGGCCUACUUCACCGACUGGAUCAAGGAGGAGGCCAAGACGAGGAACAACGGGAGGGAUCUGAAGACGCUCAAGUUCUACCCUUCGUAAUGCGUGUGAGGGAUAAAGGACCCCCGAGCGCUCACUUGCAAGGGUUCCAAAGAUCUAUAAAGGGUUUUGAGGUAUAAGGUUUUAAAGAAUCCUGAAUUUAUUUUUGAAUCUAUAAUGGGCGGCGGAGUGUCUUUAUGGAUAGGUGAUGGGGUGUGUCAGCGUAUAUAAUGGGUUUACAUAAGGAAGGAGAAAAUGGCCUAAAUAAUGGGUUCUAAGGGGUAAGGUUCUAAGGGUUAAACGGCCAGUAUUUUCUUUAUAGCAAAGGAGUCAGUUCAAGGGCAUAAAAAAACAAUAAUAUAAAAAAGCCCACUACUUACUGCUCCUAAAAAAAGUGCAGAGUGGCCGAAAGAGAGGUCAAUUUCGGGAGAAGUGACCUGAUACCCUCCUUUUGCUGCGAAGGUUGGUAAUGGUUGUAAUGGGUUUCAGAGUAUAAAUAAUGGGUUCUAAAGCGUAAGGAAGGAAUAAAUGAAUGACCUGUA